AUGAUCCAGCCUGGCUUGGAACGGAUCAGUCAGCUCGUGAAGAAUGUCCACUUCCCAUGGAAGUCGAUACAUGUCGCUGGCACUAACGGCAAAGGUUCCAUAUGCCACUUCGCAUCAACGCUGCUUUCUAAGAGACUCUCGUGUGGUAAAUUCACGUCUCCACAUCUUGUAGACAGAUGGGACUGUAUAUCCAUCAACAACAGGCCUGUAGAAGAGGCGCUCUUCCGCAAGAUAGAGAAGCACUACAUCGACUUGAAUGUAAGAGAAGGCAUCGGUGCUUCGAAUUUCGAAAUAUUGACCGCCACUGCUUUCCACAUCUUCAAUGAAGCGCAAGUACAGAUUGGUGUUGUUGAAGUUGGCAUGGGCGGAAAGCUCGACGCAACCAACAUACUGAACAACCAAGCGAUUUCAGUCAUCGCAAAGAUAGCGCGAGAUCACGAGAACUUCUUGGGUAGUACUCUGGAAGAGAUUGCACGUCACAAGGCUGGUAUCCUCAGGCCCGACGUCCCCUACCUCGUCAAUCCUAAGAAUGAGAACAACAUUAAAAAUGUCAUCGACGCGUACGCAGGCGAAAUUGCUGCUGGGCCUCGUCUUGAGUACGACCCUCCAGGCUUUACUAAGGUACUAUUUCAGAACAAGGACUGGUUACCAACACAGCCGGUUCAACAAGAAAAUAUGGUCAUGGCUGCGAUGGCUGCACAGACUGCAAUGGAGAGCAUUGGCAGAGAACUAAAAACCUUUGUGAUGGCACACAUCCUGCGGAACUCCAAAACCACCGUAAACCCGGGACGACUGGAAUCGAUUCGAGUGCCGCCUAUCUUUGGUGAACAACAUACGAUGAUAUCAAAGACGAAAGGAGAAUACAUACUGGUAGAUGGAGCCCACAACCCUGAUGCUGCUAGACUAUUGAGUGAGCAUGUCCGAAAGACUGAGAGGGAAAAGAAGAUCCCUGGUGAGGUUCAUGUCCCACGCAACGGGUGGCCUGUUACAUGGGUGCUCGCCAUGACCGAAGGGAAAGAUGCACAUAAAUAUCUAAGGGAGAUACUACAGCCAGGAGACAAUGUCGUUACUACGACGUUUGGUCCGGUGGAUGGUAUGCCUUGGGUGAGACCAUUAGAUCCCAAACGACUUCUCGCCAUGGCAAAAUCUGUGGAGCCUAGCAUCACAGGACUGGUUGCAUCAGAAGACGGGCCACUGCGAGCGUUAUGUACAGCUAAAUACCUCAGAGAUCCUAAGCGGCCCAUUGUUUUGACAGGCAGCUUAUACCUUGUGGGCGACCUUCACCGCGAGCUGCGGCUGAGACCGAGCAAGGUGUAUUGGGAGGAUCCAAAGUUUGAGGACGACAGAAACAAGUUCGCAUCCAUGCUAGAGGAGGAGAAGCACAGAGUCAACCAGCUGCUUAGCGGCUCCGAUGUCUUCGGUCAACCCCUUGAUCCUGUCGGCAAGAUGGAUGAAAAGAGCGAUGAGUGGAAGAGGCAGCAGGCUGAUCGAGAGAAGCGAAGGGCCAUACAAGAAGAGAUUGAGGCUCUUGAUCAAGAAAUGAGGCUUCUUUCAGCUGAAGAACAGCUUCUUGCAUCAAAACAAUCAUCGGCGACAGCAGAUACCGCGAGCUCGUCGUCGCCGAAGGAGAAGUCUGGUUCAUCCUCUGAGCAAACUACCCUAGGAAACGGGGCGAGGCUGAUCUAUCACAAAACCUGUCACGACUCUGCAUCUACAUCUGUCCCACGGCCAGCUCACGAAACGGAGGCGGACUCGAUGAGCGCACAUGAUAGAAACAUUACCGACGCAACUGGGGCCCGACCCACUGCCCUGAUCGACCGAUUCCGACGUUACUCAUCCUUCUCCCAACGGCCUCGCAGCGCUGUUGUUGACGAGGAGGAAAGCCAUGACGAUCUGCCAAUAGAUACCCCAGUCGAAAUGUCCGCGAAUCCAUCCCGCACGCUCGCAGAUCAGUCCCGUCACCUCGAUGUAGACUCGUCACGCUCGACUGCGCCGUCGCCCACUGCACUCGACCGCCCUGCCAGCACUCGCAGCCAGAAUGCGAGCGCCAUGUCAGAGUUGCUCCCCGCAGACGAUGGCAUGGCCCAUCUCCGCAUGCGCAUCCACGAGAUCAGGGCCCUGAGCAUAUCGGACCAGGAGCGGGCCCGCAUGAUACACAAUCUGAUGACGGAGAAGUACAACCACAUGCGACCAACCUCACCAGCGAGCUUCGUAUCACACGACCGCCCCUUUACCCCUACCUCUGGACAGUCCCUCUUCUCCGACGUCCAUGCAUCGUCGCCGUAUUCGUCUUCAUUUACAACCGACGUCACUCCCGACAUAUCGUACAAUCUUCGAGAAGGCGAUACGAACCCGACGUAUCGGCCGCAUCACGAUCACACCGGUGCAGAGCAUGGCGACGACGAAGAGGAGGACAGUGCUGAAGGAGAACUCGUUCUGGGUUGUCAGCACUAUAAGCGCAACGUCAAAGUACAAUGCUUCGAAUGUCGCCGCUGGUACACGUGUCGGCACUGUCACGAUGCCGUCGAAGACCACAACCUGAACAGGAAGAUGACACAGAACAUGCUGUGCAUGGCUUGUGGUACGCCUCAGCCAGCAGCCGAUGUCUGCAAGAACUGUGAGACCGAAACUGCAUGUUACUAUUGUGACAUCUGCAAGCUCUGGGACAACAACAGCAAGAAGAAGAUCUAUCACUGCCCAGACUGCGGCAUCUGUCGCCGAGGAGAAGGACUGGGCAAAGACUUCUAUCACUGCAAGAGCUGCAAUGUUUGCAUAUCCAUCUCUCAUGCAACCUCGCACAAAUGCCUCCCGCGUGCCACAGAGGGCGACUGUCCAAUUUGCGGCGAUCACCUCUUCACCUCGUCUACCGCUGUAGUCUCAAUGCCUUGCGGACACUACCUGCACAAAGGAUGCUACAAUCUUUACAUGCAGACUGCAUAUAAAUGCCCAAUUUGCAAGAAGAGCGCUGUGUGUAUGGAUCUGCAGUGGCAGAAGUUGACUCAAGCAAUCGAAGGUCAGCCCAUGCCAGAACAAUUUGCAAACACUCGAGCAGUCGUCCAGUGCAACGACUGUUCAGCGAAAUCUUCAGUUAAAUAUCAUUGGCUUGGGAACCAAUGCGGUACAUGCGAUUCUUACAACACGAAUGAACUUCGCAUCUUGAACGGGCCAGAAAGUGAAGAAGCUGCUAACGCGAUACUGGAUGCCGACCUAGACUCGGGCUCGAGAUCACCUGCGAGCGUUAGUUCGCCCUCCUCCCAAGCACCACUCCGUUCGCCUCGAUACUAUUUCCAACCAGAUGAGCCAGAAGAGACAUGGCUACCAGGUCAGCUACCCUCUUUCCCUUUCCAGAUGCCACAGUUUCCUGGCAGACCGCGUAUGCCGCAAAUGCCUCAGAUGCCACAGUUCCCAUCUUUGCCGCAGUUUCCACCACUGCCAAAUUUCCCACAGAUACCGCAGUUUCCUCAAAUGCCUCAAAUGCCUCAAAUGCCUCAAAUGCCUCAAAUGCCUGAUGCAGCACAGCAAAUGCUUGAACGCGUGCGGCGAUCGUUUGAUGCCUAUCUCAAUCCAACAGGAGAUGUUCGAGCAGAAGACGUACCAAUCAUCGAUCUCGGCAGCGACGACCGUACUGAGCGACCGGCUACAGAUGGCACGACGGUUAAAGAACCGUCACUUCCGCAGUACGUCCUGGAACGCUUCACGCAGUCUCUCGUGCGCUUCAGGAACGACUUGAAUCCGGCUUUGUUUGAAGAGAUUCCGGCAUUGAAUCUCUCAGACGAUCGCGAUCCCGAGGGAUUGCAGUUUUGGGGUGAAGAUGGUGGGCGGCUGAAUCGCUUCGUUGCGGGCGACGAAGAAGAUGAAGAAGAAGACGAUAGCAGCAGCAGCAGCAGCGACGAAAGCGAACAUCACGAAGACGACGAAGACGAAGAGGAAGAUGCCGGAGUCAAUGUUAAAAAGCGCGGCAAGGAGUUUGAUCUGCCAGGCCAUGUGUAA